AUGCUCGCGUCGCAAGCCUCGGGCCGCCGAGGCCGCAGUCCUCCGGGCGCCCAGAGCGGCCGGAAGUGCGCUCGGCUGGGGCGGAGCGCGGGCUCACUUCCGGCCGGCGCGAGCGCGGGCGCGGCGGCCACCUCAGGCUCGGAAGGUCCCAGGUGUGCACGCCUUCGUCAGGCCUUGGGGAAGAUGGCAGCCCUGGGGGACUGUCAGGAGCCCCCUCGUAUCCCGCCCCCUGUCAGUCUCGAGUCGCCGGGGACACCUGGAGCCGGCCGCCAGGAGGCCCAGCCUCACUUCCACAGCCGGCGACACGGUUCCAAGGCAGAGCCCGAGCAGGCUCUGCCCUCUCCCCACCUGCAGGAGGCUGGAUGCGAGAGGGGCCAGGAUGGCGGGGCACUGAGGGCCCUUCUGAGGGGCCUGCCCUGUAGACCCACAGGCAUGGGCACCUUCGGGCAGGAGGCCAGCCUGGAGCAGCCCGCCGGCCAGCCAGCCCGGGCCACAUCCUGCCCGCAGAAGAGGGGCGCCUGGCGCAUGACACUCAGGCCACAGGGAGCCUCUGGGACCGGGGCCGGCCAGGAGCUGGGGGACGGCUUUGGCCGGGACUCGGACCUCGCGGCCCGGCAGGGCAGCCCGCGCAGCGCGAAGCCCCACCGGUGCGAGGCCUGCGGCAAGAGCUUCAAGUACAACUCGCUGCUGCUGAAGCACCAGCGCAUCCACACGGGGGAGAAGCCCUACGCCUGCCACGAGUGUGACAAGCGCUUCCGUGGCUGGUCGGGCUUCAUCCAGCACCACCGCAUCCACACGGGCGAGAAGCCCUACGAGUGUGGUGAGUGCGGCCGCGCCUUCAGCCACAGCUCGCACUUCACGCAGCACCUGCGCGUGCACAACGGCGAGAAACCCUAUGCCUGCGGCGAGUGCGGCCAGGCCUUCAGCCAGAGCUCCAACCUGCUGCGGCACCGGCGGCUGCACACAGGUGAGAGGCCCUACGCCUGCAGCCAGUGCGGCAAGGCCUUCGUCUGGAGCUCGGUCCUCAUCGAGCACCAGCGCAUCCACACGGGCGAGAAGCCUUACGAGUGCGGCGAGUGCGGCAAGGCCUUCCGCGGCCGCUCGCACUUCUUCCGGCACCUGCGGACCCACACAGGCGAGAAGCCCUUUGCCUGCAGCGCCUGCGGCAAGGCCUUCGGCCAGAGCUCCCAGCUCAUCCAGCACCAGCGCGUGCACUACCGGGAGUAGCGGCCACGGCCAGACCAGAGGCAGGAGUGUGCGGCGCCCUGGCCUCCUUGCCUGCCUUGGGUGGCAUCGCACACCCGGUGUCCCCGAUACAUUUCUUGUUAACUGACAGCCACGAGGGCCACGUCCACCUGGGUGAGGCCGUGGGUUGCUUGCUGUACUUGAAGGCCUGCCUCAGGGAGGGGGGCCCGAGCGCCGGAGCCGCACGCAGGUAACACGGUCCCCUUGCGAGUCAGGGAGAGUGCGCGAGGCUCGCCCACGCAGCAGGCCUCCAGACCUGGCCUGCCACGCCUGCCCUGGAGCAGUGAGGCUCGGGCUCUGGGAAGAGCUCCGUGGGGGUGGGGAUGGCAGCACCGCUGUAUGUUUAUGAGCUCCUGCCUGCCCCCCCCAGAGCCGCGCCUCCAGCCACCUCCCCUCUCCAGCUUGCGUUCCUGGGGCCACCAAGUGCUUUGGACUUGCCGCCCAGUGUCCCCACUGGGCCAGAGGGCCUCCCGCUCCCUGGGGAGAGGCUGGAAGCCAGGCUCUCCCCAGACAGUAGCUUUAGGGCUCAAAGCACCUCUCUGAGUUGUCCUUGCUGAGGUGCUGGGCUCCCUGGAAUUCAGUCCCUUCUGCCUAGAAGACAGGCAGACACGACUGCCUGCCGCUGCGUCCCCCCCCCACUCCUCCCCAGGCAGCGUGGCGAUGCCUCUGCCUUCACGGGGAGCGGCAGGGUCAGCCCGAGCUCCAGGGGGGUCCCGUGUGGCCUGGGCGCAAAGGUGAGAGUUGAUGCCCACGCCAUGGUGGGAACUGGCAGCCCUGUCUGCUCACACCAGGGGACCAGGGUGAGACAGGAGAGCCCCUGCCAGAGGUUUUUCUUGGGAUCAUCGCCUGGAGAGGGGACAUGCUUUUCGGCGACUUG